UUCAGCAGAUGGCUGGCGUGAUGGCGUGUAGCGCUUUUUCAUCUCACGCGUGUGGUUAGCCGUUAUGUUAGGUUGUAGAAUUUAGAAUGGACACUGCGUUAGUUUUACGCUAUAAUUUGCGCUGGUGUCUAUGUCAUAUUGAGGAGCGUAGUUUAGCUAUAGUAACCUAAUACAAAACAGCCGGCGAUCAGGCCUAGACUGACUCCAUCGUCGUAAAAGAAAGAGGUGCAGCUGCUGUGCAUGGUGUCCGUGAAUAGUUGCUGAGUGAAAUAGGGCUGCCAGUCCUACUCCUCUGCGCCCCACUGCCAUGCACCGGAGGCCGAUAUCUAGCAGCGUCCACCUUUGGCAGCUGACCAUGUUGCGACCAGGAAGGUGUGUUGUAGCUGGUUUCCACCGCCCCGGGCACCCACAUAGACUUUUGAUGUCCACAUGGCAUGGAUGCACACCACCUUUGCACCGCCGCCGGGUGCCAACGGCAGCCGCAUCUCCGCACAAUAUGUUGUCCCUGGUGUUCUGUCGGCCACUGUCUGUGCCAUCUCAGCGGCUCUUCGAAAAAGAGUCCUCAAAGGUAGAAGGCACAGUGAAGGCACUCAAAGAAGCCGAGCCAUCCGCAGUAGCCACCAAGCCAGAUACGUCUGCUGCAGCCGUGCCUGCGCCACCAAAGCGGCCACUUGUGAAGAGGAUCUGGGACGAGUUGGUGCACUACUACCAUGGUUUUCGACUCUUGUUCAUUGACAUUCGAGUCUCAAGCCGAUUGGUCCAUAGGGUUCUCAAUGGUGACGAACUGACUCGACGAGAGCAUAAGCAGCUUGUCAGAACGGUUUCAGAUUUAUUUCGACUUCUUCCAUUUUCUGUGUUCAUUAUUGUACCAUUCAUGGAGUUCCUGCUGCCGGUAGCCUUGAAGUUGUUUCCAAACAUGCUACCAUCUACAUUUCAAACAACGUCCGAGAAGGAUGCAAAAGUCAAGAAGGAACUUAAGGUCAAACUUGAAAUGGCCAAGUUUUUACAACACACCUUGGAUGAAAUGGCUGUGAAAAAACGUGGAGAGGCCCAUUCCCACAAUGCAAAGGAAUUCGCAGAGUUUUGUGAAAAGAUCAGAGAGUCUGGAGAAGAUGCCUCAAAUGAAGAGAUUUUGAAGUUUUCAAAGUUGUUUGAAGACGAAAUUACUCUGGACAGUCUCACGCGACCUCAGCUCACUGCACUCUGCCGGCUUCUGGAACUACAGCCCAUUGGCACAAACAACUUCCUCCGGUUUCAGCUGCGCAUGAAGCUGCGAAGCCUGAAAGCUGAUGACCAGAUGAUUCAAAAAGAAGGCAUUGACUCCUUGACGGUGGCAGAGCUGCAAGCAGCUUCUCGAGCAAGAGGCAUGCGAGCCAUGGGUUUACCCGAGUCGAAACUUCGUUAUCAGCUGGCCCAGUGGCUAGACCUCAGCCUAAACGAGAACAUCCCUCCUUCACUGCUGCUGCUGUCACGGGCUAUGUUGCUGUCUGAGGCCUUACCUCCGACAGAACAACUCAAGGCCACUAUUUCUACUUUACCCAAGGAAGCGGUUACGGAAGCCAAGUACAAGAUUGGUGAACGUGAAGGAAAAGUGGACAAUCGUACUAAAAUUGAGAUCAUCAAACAAGAAGAAGCAGCUAUUCAGAAGGAAAAAGAAGAAAUUGCAGUCGAAAGUGAAAAGUUGAAGGCUGCUGACCAAAAGCCUGAGGAAGAAAUCAAGGAGAUCCUUGAAGAUAAGGCUGCCGUUAUUACAGCCCUAGAAGAUGAUAUGGAGAAAAAACCUUCCGCUCCCAAGAAGGAGGAGCUUUCAAAGGCUGACCUUGCAGACAUUGAGGAUGCGUUGGAAAAAAUUGCUGCUGAGAAACAGGAACUUCUGAUAGAAAAGGAAGAGCUUGAAGACUUGAAAGAAGAAAUGGCUGACUAUAAGCAGGAUGUAGAAGAACUGAAAGAUGUUGUCGUCAAGACUGGUAAACGCGACAUUCAAGAAACUAAAGCCGCAAUGCGCCUUUACAAUCGUGUGAACCGUAUUAUUGGUAGCAUGGACCAUCUAAUAGACAAACUAAAUGAAGAACGGAAGUCAAUGCAGAUCAAGCUUGAUUCUUCAGAAGGUGCUGCAAGUCAAAAAACCAAGGACAACCUGAUUGAAAUCAAUGAUCUGUUGCUGGCUAUGCGGCGCAUCCAGAAGUCAUCUAGCGACACACGUCUCGAGAUGAUCACUGACCUUUUGGACACACUCGACAUUGACCAUGAUGGCGCUGUAAAGAUUGACCAUGUGUUAAAGGUCAUCGAUACCCUCGGCCGUGAAAAUGUCAAGGUGAGCCCAGCUCAGAUGAAGGAGAUCAUUGAGCUUCUUAUCAAAGAGGAAGUCCUGUAUGCCAAGAACAAGGAGCAGCAAGCAGCCAGUACAGACGGUGCGACACAGCCACUUAGCUCUAAUCAUGAGCAGCAACAGGAAAAAAAGAACACAUAGUGUGAUCAGUGUGCUGUUUCAUUGUAAUAUAUUGUAACUCGACAAACGGCUUGUGUAAGUAUAUGGGUUCAUUUAGUAUUAAGGGCAUCCAGAGUGAAGCAGCUUGUGACUUAUAGUGGACUGGCUGUUUUAUUUUUGCGCACACUUGCGAAUCCGCACAAUAUCCAUCAGUGUACUAAGCCUUGGAAUGGAAAAGAUGUGAUGACAAUUAUUGGUAGAUGUUUGUGUUGUUGCACUGUGCUUGUGAAACAUGCCAGACCAGUCUAUCAGUAGAACAAUAUUUUAUUAUUAUUUAUCUUUUUUUAAGAAGUACUGACGCUUCAAUGUGUUCGGGUAAAUAUAAGCUUGUUAUUGUUCUUUUCUGUGUUUUUUUUUAUCUCUCUGUGCAUUAAAUUGUAAAGUUGUUUGAGAUAUUACAUGCCAGAUGAAAUAUGUGCAUUCUAGCACAAAAAGAGAGAGAGAGAGAGAAUGAAGGUGUACUAAAGGGGGUUGCCUUAAGGGAUGAAUGACUUGUCCUUUUUUAGGGGUAUGUCUCAUAAUGCUAUUCACUAAUCUCGUGAUUUUUGUGGAAAAUAAUACAAGUUAGGAGGUCUAUGUAAGUGGUGUAAUCCAUUUGUACUUUAUAAAGACAUACUUUCAAAACAGCAAAGUUUGUUGGUUAGUGAAUCGCUGACGUUUGCUACUUUCGAAGCAAACUUGUUAUUCGGGUCUGUGGGUUGUAAAAUCAUUGUACGAUACAUGGUUUUGAAACCUGUGGUCAAAAUUUAUUCAUACAUGGAUUAUCUCUAGGUCCUAUUUUUGUAGUAGCCUUGAGUGACUUUUCUUUAUCCUUGCAUGUAUACAUCUAGUAUACUGUGUGCAAAACAGCAGUGGAGGUUAUAAAUAAAUUAGGUGACAACUAGAAAUUAUUUUCUAGACCAAGCAUUUUCAAUGCAGCUUGUUCACGUGCUAAUUAACAAAUGCAUGCACAGAGUAAAAGCACUCGAAGUGUUUCUUUUUUGCUUGUUUUUGUUGACAAUGUUGUUGUUAUGAAAUAAAUGCGUAAUUUAGUAA